ACCUAAAUUUUGCGAAAAUGAAAAUGAAAUGAAGAAGAAAGUCUUUUCCAAAGGAAUGUUUGAUCCUGCCAGAUUUGGAAUCAAAUUGCAAAAGGUGGUGUGAUUGGUCACGUGUUGGGGGAAAGGUCAUAGACGAUUCAUUUACAUAAUUUUACAUAUCGACCAGGCGAGCGAAUGACAUCAUCUAACUGAUCUAGAAACAUUUGAAUGGGCAGAGCUCUCAAACAGAAACUGUCAGCGGCAAGACACCAGUUUCUCUUUGUUAGCUAGACGACUACAAAAUUGAAAUAGUCUUCUCUGCUCGAACAGACGCUUGCACAGCGGAAGUCAUCGAAAGAAAGUUGAUGAAGUCGCUUACCACAUGUAGUACGUUAUCAUCGUCCACAAUGAUCAGACUCAUUUCUUCGUCUGCAAGUACUGCAGUUUCUGUGAUCACCGCCUUGGUAUUUCUGAUUGUGGACAUUUAUUUAAGGAUAUAUUUCUUGUGGCUUCGAAUAAGCACCUGGCUUUUAAAUUGUUUUCUGUCAUUUAUUCUUGUCUGGUGGUUUGGAGUGACCAAUGUGAAAAUUACCAUAGGAGAAUUUAGAUGUUUUUCAGUCCGAGGUGUGAAAGUUCAAUGGAAUGAUGAUCCAGGACUGACUAUUGAAGAAGUAAGAUACAAGAAAAUUGAAUGGAACUUUGAAAAAAUUAGGGAUAUCACAAUACUCUUCCAAAUAAAAGAUUUGCACAGAGAGGUGUUGACUGAUUCAGAGGAUUCAACAACAGACAUCUUCACUUCUUUUACUCUUCAUUGGAAAAUGCAUUCUCCCGGUGAUCUGGUCAGUAGUGAUCUGCGAAAUUCAAGCGAGGCUAUUCCGUCUUCCUUUACUUUGCUACAUGCCACAGAUGUGGAAAUUGGAAGCAGGCUUCGAGUUCAUAGAGGAGGUGCAUAUGUUGCGCUAUUUGAGGCUGCUGUUAUUGAUGGACUGUUGAUUCCAUCAGGCAAAGCUACAUCACUGUGUGUAAAGUACAGAGAAGUGACUUUCUGCUGUGGGAGUUAUGAUCCUGGACUUAUACAGGCCAAGAGAGAAAAGAUCCUUAAAAUGUCACUCAUGGAUUUUCUAGGCACUUGGUACACAAAAGGUCCUGCUCAGAUUACAACAAACUAUCACGGAUUGCAGAUCUUUGUUAGCCCAAGCAAAGUGAAUUCUUCUGUAGUUUAUCAAAAUCACUUGUUGGCUCAGUUAAGCAAAGUUUUACAAGCUAAAACUUAUGCCAGUAAAGAAGAUAAUGGGACAACUGACAAGUCACUAGAGUUGAAUGUCAAGUCUGAUGAUUUUAAGGCUUCAGUGUGUUAUCAAGAUGGAAGGGAAGCUGUUAGCAUCAUCAUGUCAUUCAGUCUUUCUCUUCAUCAGAGAAACAAAAAAACUCAGUACACAGCUUCAGUGGGCAUUCAAGCAUUUGUUCCGAACAGUCAACAGACAACAUAUCCCUGUGGUAUCAUAGGAAACGAGUUGAUAUCUGUGCCCUGGGAGUGCACUGUUACUGGAAGCAAAUCGUCUGGCCAGUCCACAGUGACAAGAGUAACUUCCGAUCACAACUUUUCUCUGUUGCUCAGACCUGAAUGCAUUCCAGUAUUUCAGGAGCUCCGCGAGGAAUAUACCAGCUUAUUGGAUUUGAGACAAUUGAAAAAGUUGUUGAGAUUGUUGAAGAAAAAGGCGAAGGAACAGUCCACACCUAAGCAGAUUUUCAUAAAUUGCAAAGGGAUGAGGCUAUCUUUAGAAAUGGAUGUAUACGAAGAACUGCUGAACGUCAGCUUUGAAGAUAUCAAGGCCGAAUUUAACAGAGAUCAACAUCAUAUAACACUAGAACUGAGCGUCAAAGAUCUGGAGGUCGAGGACUGCACAGAUAAAAUUAUUGCACUUCAGCAACAGCGAUCAGGCGGCAUUAGUUCCUUGUCAUUAUUGAGAUUUUCACUCAUGCAAGAUGUAGCCAAGGACGAGGAGAAAAUAGCUGUGAAGAGACUUCACAUUGAACCAGGCAACUCAACAGUAUCCUUUCAAGAAAAACUGAUACUAAAAUUACUGCAGUUUGCUGGCAUCAAGAAGAAGUGUCAGUUUUGGGGCGAAGAAACGAACGCAGAAGAUGAGAGUUCCAACGAAAAUCUUCCCGCUUUCCUAACUAACACGCGAUUUUAUUUUGAGAAACUUCAUGUGGAGUCGUUUCAAGUUGUGGUGACAUGUAACCCGGCCAAUACGCUCCCUGAAGAACUACAGAGUUUAAAAACUGCGCUGGAGAUUCCUGCCGGGUUUCCUCCUUUGAUGGAGAACGCCAGUGUCGAGUUUGGAGAAUUUUUACGAACCGGUAUCAGUUACAAAACAUUGGCUUCUCUCGGUCGAGAUGCCAGGAGGCAUUACUUGAAGGAAAUCGGCCGUCAGUCCACGUCUCUUCUUGGCUCGCUCCAUCUCCUUGGUGACCUCUCCAGCUUGCAGGGUGAAAUUGCCGAUGGACUCGCCGAGCUGAAGGAGACUGGUGACUACUUGGGAUUUGUCAGACAUGUGAGAGGGGGCUUGGCGGAAUCUUAUUACAAGUUCGCUGACUCCUGGUCAGCUUGUAUCACGCAGUCGCAAUCAAAUAGUCCGUCGACGAGUAAUUCUACGCCCUCGAGCAGUUCGAACCCUCAGAUGAAGUCUUUCCGUGGCGUUGUGGGUAGUUUGACGAAUUUUCUUCUUAAUCCUCCCAAGGAUGCCAGUCAUCGAAAACUGCAGCUCUCCGACUCACCAGCUGCUACGCCUCCAGGCAGUCCGGGAAUACGUUUAGCGUCCAGGAGACUGGUACCGACAAAUUGUGAAGACCAUGAUUCUUCAGGAAGCGAGGAAAGCAGUUUGUCGUGCAUUCAGUCGGUGGACGGCUGGGAACUUGUAUCGAAGGAUGUUCUCAAAAAGUUAAAGGGCCAAGAGUUUUUACGUAGACUACAAGUCAGCAUGAGUGGUGAAGCGACUCAAGAAGAAAAUUUUGUCACCUGUAUAAAGCUGCGCCACGAGGAUCCCGAGGACAAACUGAGCGCCCUGGUAACGAGUCAGCACGUGCACUUCAUCAGGGCUGGCUUACCAUUGGCUGAUAACGUGAUUCUCACGAUUAAACUUUUCAACUUGUACAAGGCGCGACAUAAAGACCAAGAUCAAGAGCAUUACCUGGAAUUACGGAUGCGAAUAUCAGGAGGCAAACGACUGUCCCUCCCCUCCCCUAAUCCUGCCGACAGUCCUCUAGUCCGGUGUAGUUCGGUAAGACGGGCACAGAAAGCGGCGAGUGUAAUAAACGAGACGAAGAAAAAGAACGAAUCAAGAUAACAAGUCAACGUCGGCAAGAUCUUGAUCGAGUGCACAAUGCAGAAUUGCAGUUACUAUCCAGGGAAAAUUUUUAGUUUGUAUUACGGAUUUAGACAACUUGUGAAUUAACUUCCAAGUGUGAAGGAUCGAUCAAUCAACAACUUUAUUUUUGUGUCAACUUCUACUGGCUGGCUGUCCCUACAAGGAGCCUAAUAUAUUACUUGCAAUACGUUUCGGACGUUUAAUUUUCGAGCACCUUUUAUCUCAUGUCGGAUAAAUUUCGGACUGAAAUUUCGGACACUUUGCUAUAAGCUAGCUGAAGUAAGUUUACGCCUACAAACACGAAUUAAACUGAAACAACAUUUGUAAAAAUGAUAGUUUUCCUCAUCUUCAAGGUUUUACAGAUACACCGACGAUAUAAUAACACGUUUCAUAUCUCAAUCAGUGUCUCGGCUAGAGUUCGCUCCAUGAAGGAAACUAAGAGCUCUGGAGCUACGUUAAAGUUUUAUACUGUGCUGUAAAUAUUUCGGACGCUUAAAAAUUUCCAACGGUUUUAUUUUCGGACACUUUUUGUCCGAAAUUAAAAUUGUCCUAAAUUUUUUGCAAGUAAUGUAAUUGGGGACACUUGAAACUGACGCAUCAGUUGAUACCUUGUCAGAGAGAUGGCCUUUGAAUCUCACGCGGGAGCCAGGUGUAAGUUUCCUCUGUUAAAAAAACCUGGGUGUCGCGUUGCUUGAUUAUAGAAUUUGCCGCUGUAUUUCCUUUCGUGGAAAUAAUUUGAUUUAAGUCUUAGUCUAAGCUCGAACCUCUUUAUCGUAUGUUUACGUGUUUAUUGUUAUAAAGUAGAAGACAUAUAUACGUUGAACACUGUCAUUGGGCUAGGUUAAAAUAACACAUUGAAUAGUUUGUAAUCUUAAGAUGCUGUUAUUGUUAUUGUCAUAAGUAUUGCAGAUAAAUCCCAAACUUUAUUGCUGUGAAUUUCAUGAUGGGGUUUUCCGAUAUUGUUUUUUGGGGGGUGGGGUGGGGACGGGGGGCAGCUAAAUAUAAUUUCUCAUAGUAUACAGAUCACUCUAUCCUAAUAACAACGUUUUCAGCAGCUAAAUUGCGCUGAAACGGUUUUAUUAUUUUCAGACAAAUUACAUCAUACAUAAACUAUAUAUUAUUAAGUUUAAUUAGGGUAAAGAUUGUUUUUAUCUCGCAGUAUACAGAUCAUUCUUUGCUGACAACGUUUUUAGCGGCUAAAUUGCAUUGAAACGAUUUUAUUAUUUUCAGAGAAAUAUUGUUUUUAUCAAAACUGGUAAAAUAAUUGUCAAAAGUAGAUACGAAUUAGCAUUUAACUUACAUCUUUUGUAAAGUCACUCUUUAACGACAAGUUCCGAUAUUGCAGUUUUUUAGUUAAAAUUAGCUCAAGUUUAUAGUUCGCCAAUUGCUCAUGAAAGUCUGCAUUAUUUUGGUAAAAAAAGAGAGAGAUAUAUAUGUAAUGAAUUUAAUAAAGAGCUAUAACAGAUUCAUAUUGGGGGAAUGUUAUGAAAUACUGUCAAAAAAGGUAAAUCGUCAUAUUAUGUAACUAUAUAAAAACCACGUUCAACUGAAGUAACUCUAUUUACAACUAAGCUUAUUAUAUAAUGAGAAUUUGAAAGGACAUCAAUUAUUAUUCUCCUGAACCUUCUGCUCGACAGCGUCCUGGAGGGGGCGGGGUGGGGUGGGGGUACUGUGGUACUUCCAUAUGCAAAGGUCGGGGUUAGGGUUAGCAAAAUUUGAAUUAAACCCCAGCAGGAAACCAAUCUAGGGGAUUCAUUUUCUUACUUUGAUAAUCUCUUGGUUCCAAAUAAAGUGGUUCAUUUUCUGA